AUGACGAAUUCUCGAAGUACACGUCUUCUUAUUAAGGUAAUAUCAAAUAAAUACGGAUCAAAGAUGUGUACCGUUGACCCAAAUCAUUGCAUCUCCACUCUAAAAGAUAACGAAUCAGAAGAACAUGUAUUUAUUUUCAAAGGUCAAAUGCUUGCAGAUAAUUUUACAUUUAAACAUUAUAGAAUAUCUGAUGGGGAUAUAAUUUGCUCGCUUAUUGGAUAUACAACUCCACUCAAACAACAAGAAUUGCAUUUUGAAAAAUUAAGAAUGCAAGAUAUGGCAAUAAAUAAGUUAUAUGGCAAUCAAAAUUUAUAUAAGAAGGUUUCAGCUGAAUGGAUUCGCAUUUACGAGACUAAACUAGCACCAAUUUCGCUUCAUAAACAAGUGACACUAAAAGUCCCUGAAAGAUUGAAGACUCCUUCAAACAUUUCACUUCCUGCUUUUUGGAAUAAAUAA